AAAAGAAGGAAAAAAAUUAAAAAUGGAAGUUGUGUACAAAAUAUUUGCUGCUUCAUUUGGAUUUGUAGUGUUGUUUUACACAUGGAGAAUACUGAACUGGGCAUAUAUUCAGCCCAAGAGGCUGGAAAAAUCAUUGGGGAAUCAAGGUCUCACCGGAAAUACGUACAAAUUUCUGUAUGGAGAUUUGAAAGAGAUGUCGAAAAUGUUUAACCAUGCCAAGUCUACCCCCAUCAAUCUCCACGAUGAUAUCAAGCCGAGGGUUCUCGCUUUUCUUCACAAAACCUUCGAAAAAUAUGGACAAGAAUCGUUUAUUUGGCUUGGUCCACGACCUACAGUUAUGAUCACAGAGCCUGAACUUGUUAAGGAAGUGAUGACAAAGUUUAAUCUAUACCAAAAGCCGAAGAACUCGAAUCCACUGACGAAGCUGCUAGCACAAGGACUUUUCUCAUAUGAGGGAGAUAAAUGGUCCAAACACAGAAAAAUAAUCAACCCUGCUUUCCAUUUUGAAAAAUUGAAGCUAAUGAUUCCGGCCUUCUAUUUGAGUUGCGAAGAAGUUUUGAACAAAUGGGAAACGAGUAUCUCACAACAAGGAUCGUGUGAGAUGGACGUGUGGCCUUAUCUGCAAAAUUUAUCGAGCGACGCUAUAUCAAGAACUGCAUUCGGUAGCAGCUACAAAGAAGGAAGAAAAGUUUUCGAACUUCAGAAAGAACAGGCCGAGUACAUCAUCAAGGCUUUACAAACGAUCUACAUUCCCGGAUGGAGAUUUGUGCCGACGAAAAGGAACAAUAGAAUGAAAGAGAUCGAAAAGGAAAUCCAAUCCUCGAUUCGCGGUAUGAUUGACAAAAGGGUUAAGGUGAUGAAAGCAGGGGAAGCUGGCAACAACGAAGACUUGUUGGGCAUAUUGUUGGAGUCCAAUUUCAAUGAAAUCGAGCAAUACGGGAACAAGAGUUUCGGAAUGACGACCGAUGAAGUGGUGGAAGAGUGCAAGCUGUUUUAUUUGGCCGGUCAAGAGACCACUUCGGCGUUGAUCGUGUGGACAUUGGUUUUACUUAGCCAAUACCCAGAGUGGCAGAUGAAAGCUAGAGAAGAGGCUCUCCAAAACUUUGGUAAUCAAACUCCAGAA